AUUAUUCAUCUGCUUUGACAUUUGCCAUCCAUAUCCUAUCCAUCUUCAUUUUUCAUUUUCUAAAGGCAGAUAGGUUGCCAGAAAAAUAAAGUGGUGCAGUUUUAGAAACACUUAGAAAUGGCUAGCUUAUUAGCGAAAAGCUUUAGAGCAGUGUGUAGAAAUUCCUCGUCUUUACGAUCUUUCAGCACAAGGCCUUUGGCAGUCACAUUAGUAAAUAGAUGCAAUGAUAUUUUACAAAAUAGCCCACAAAGUAAAUCUUGCUCCUUGAUCGAUGUACAGACUAGAUUCUAUUCACCAGAGGUAAUAAAAACUAAACCUUCUGAAGACGAAAUCAAACAAAGGGUGCUGAAAGUGUGUUCUUCAUAUGAUAAAGUUACUGCAGAAAAGGUACCUACUUAUAUCAAUAUUUUUUAUUUCAGAGACUCUCACCACAACAGAGAAGUUACAGUUCUAAGCCACCACUGACUUUGCAACUCAUUGGUGAAAGAGUUUUGUUAGUAUUAAAAUUGUAUGACAAAAUUAAUCCAGAAAAGGUACAGUAGUACACAUAAAUAUUGUUUCUAGCAUUGCUAAUGUCAGUUUUAUUAAAAGUUAUGUAUAUUUUUUAAGAGCUGUAAUCUUUUCUGGGAAUAGUACCAAAAUAAUUGGGAAAACAAAAUAAAUUUUUAUUUUUUAUUUGAAUUUUUAUGUAUGGUAAAAAACCCCUUUUUAUCUUAUAGUACUUUAACCAAGCAGUUUCAGUAUACUGACAUCUUUGUCUUCUAACACCAUUUUGAAGCUUUAAACUUUAAUGCCAAAGGUUUUGUUGAUGUGCUCGACAUUUUCUGUUAUUUUGAGUGACAAAAAUCAUUAAAUGUAUUAAACAUUAAAUCAUGAAUACUGAGAUGCAGUUAUUUUGUCAACUAUUGUCCUCUCUCUAAAAAUGAGUGAAGAGUGUCUUAUUGGUGGUACUCUAGAAAUUGGCAAAUAAUCCAUUUCUUAGUUAAAUAUUCAAAUGUUUUAUUAUAUUAUUCCAGAAAAGAUCAAGAUUUAAAAAAUUAAUGAUUUUUGGGUUAUUAUAAUUAUUAGCUAAGACUCUAAGCGUUCAACAUUAAAGGAUCAAUGUUAAAGUUUAGAUAUCAUGAUUUCAUACUAAAAUAAAAAUGAUUUAGCAUGUUGAAACAUAAUAUGAUUUAGACCUGUUAACUUAAAUUGUGGUUACAGUCUCUUCCAUGUGAUCUUUUGCUUGUAGAAUGAUUAUUAGUAGUUUAUGUUGAAAAGGUUUUUCUAUCCUUUAAAUUCAAAAUUGCUUGCUUGUUCAAUGAUACUCAGAACAAUAUUCCGCAAAUUUGUUUAGACAUAAAAGCAAUCAAGUCACCUAUAAGUAAAAGAUCAUCAAUUUUUCAGUAUUUCUAAGCAAUUUUUUUAUUUAGGUUUUUAUUUGUCCAGUUCUUAGAAUAAAUUUUACGAAAUAUAUAUUGCAUUCUUCAGAAGAUCAACAGGCUUUCAAAUGUUUAAGGCCUACAAUUUUCAAAUGUGAGGAGGAGCUUAAAUAAAAAUAUUUGUAUUAUGCCUUUACAAGCACUUAAACUGAAUUAUCUACAGUAUUUCUACAAAAGUCUAAUAUAAAAUCUUUCAGAAAGAUUUCAUACACAUACAUAAUUGUUCCUCUUCUACUGUUAUGGAGGCAGAAAGAUUUCAAAACUGAAACCAUUGUCUGUUUAAGAGAUACUAAAUACAUGUAUUACAUAUUCUGAAAUGUAUCUGGAAUCUUUAAUAUAUACACUCGCGAUCAUAAAAUACGGGUCACUUUGAAACUCACUGAUAUUUCAUUUUUAACAAGCUUUAUCGUAAAUAAUAAUGAUAACACAGAUACAAGCUAAUGCAUGUUUCUGAGAAUUGUUGUCGGCUUAGCUGUUUCCUUUGUAACAAAGAAUUUCAAUAGUGCCGAUUUCGUGGAAAACUAUACACUUCCUAAAAUGAAUGCUACCCGUAACUGCUGCUUGUUUUAAAUGUCUCAUUUGUGCUUCAAUUUUCUGUUCAAACGCAACAAAUAAAUGUUUAUUAUUGCAAACAGUUAUUAUAGUAACAAUAAAACACUGAAAACUUUGUUUUCAAACUUCCACAAAAUUUAUUUUAAUCUCUUAUUACUACAGCAGUUUCAGCUGAUUGUCUUUCUCAAGUGAUCUAUUUUUGGUAUGCGUUUACAUUUUAUAGUCUCUAAUGAAAUAGGUUGAGGGGGGGAGAACUGUCUGUAUCAAGUUGGUCAUUCAGAAUUAUAUCUGUGUUUUUUAAUUUGUUGAUUUCCAUAGAUUCUAUCUAGCAAGGAUAGUUUAAGUCCUUUAUUUUGAAUGUGAAGAAUUUUGAAUUUGUCAUUAAAAGAAUGAUUGUGAUCUAGAAGGUGAAGUGCGUAAGUAGAAUCUGUUUUUCUAUUAUUGAAAGUUUUAUGUUCUGCUAUUCGUUUAUUAAAGUUUCUACCAGUUUGACCGAUGUAAGUUUUUGGGCAGUCGCCACAUUUAAGUUUGUACACACCACUGUGUAAGUGUUUUUUAUUUUGGCUCUUGUUUUUGAUAUAUUUGCUUAGGUUGUUAUUUGUUCGGAAAGUUGGUGUUAUUCCUUUCUUUUUUAUGUGUUUGGCUAUUUUAGUUGAUGUUUAGUAGUUGUGUUUGGCUGAAAACCUUCAAUUUCUUACUAUUGACAGGUAGAGAAGUAAAAAAUUCUCGGCAACUCAGUGGAAUGAGUUUGAAGUUGACUGGCCUACUUUAUUUCUGCAAUAUCAUAUUUAAAUAGAACAUUAUUAGGUUCUUCUGGUAGCCACGACAAUUCCCGCAUUUUAUUAAUUUUUACUGGAUUAAAAGGUUUGUUCAUUCCACAGUUUUUACCAUGUCAGAAAAUUUUAUAAAGUCUGCUUGGGACAUUUCUUUUACUGUGUAGGGUUGGCCAGUUGCUUUCGCCUUUUUUAAUAAUGUAAUACAUUGACUUGGGGUAUAGACAGCACCCUGCCGCUUUUUAGCUGUCUCUAUUACUGCAUGCAUACUAUCUCCUUCAUUCUGAGUAUGCCUUUCUCUAAAAACCUGUGUGUUAUCUUUAUGUUGAGAAUUUUAGAAGCAUAUGCAAACAUGGAGAAAAUAAAACGGUUUCUAUUUUGCCCUCCACAAUUGUCGAGUAUAAGAUGACACUUUCAACCCCUUAGUUUUUUGUGUCCUCAGAAAGUCUAACAAGCAACUACUAAUUUCAUUUGGUACUCGUUUCGCCACCUCUUCAUACCAAACGUAACAGAAUACUUUAUUGUUACCUAUGUCAUAGAUUGUAAAAUUAUAGGUUGCAAUUUUACUUUUAUAAUAAAAUGUACUUACUUCUGAUUGAGGGGUAACUAAUAUCUUUUGUAGGUCAAAACACGCAACACAUAAAGUUUUAUCCUCAGUAGCUAGUUCUUUAUCCACAUCUUUCAAUUUUCGGACUGCAACUUUGUUAGCCAAGUGUUGAUCACAUUUUUCUUGCAAUUUCAAUUUUAUGUCAUAAUCAGCAUCUGUAUAACCCGUGCAUAGUUGACACUGAUCUUUUUUGUUUUAAAUAAUGCUAUAUUGAAUUCCAAGUUGAAAAUUUCAUGAUAUUGCUGUUCACUUGCAAUCUGUACUGAAUUGGUUCCAAUAUGCUCUCUGUACAUUUUACUAAUAUUUAAACUAUCUUCCAAACACAUUUUCUUUGAAUGUUUUCUAUUAUAAUGGGAAGGAACUAAUGGCAACAAUUUAAUAUUCUUACACUUACUCUUAGAGUUCUUACACUUUCCUUAAUAUCUUCUACAAUUUUAUUGGGUCUUACAGUAUGGCGUCCCUGCAUAUCCUUUUCUAAAGUGCCACCUUCUCCAAUUUUUUUCAAGGCAGUUGUAACCCAGGUUUCUGAUAUACCCAGUUUGUUUAAAAACAUUGUUUUACAAAUUUUUAUUCUUUUAUUAUCAAGCAGAAAAUUAUAUUCUCGGGAAAAAUUGCGCCUUGACUCGUUUUCUUUAUUACCUGUCUCUUUUCUCUUUGAUGAACAUAUUUUGUUAAUAAAUCCCAUUGCCUGAUAUGGUCUCCAAUAAUUUUCAAAUAUUUUUUGCCUAUUUUCCAAAAAUUUUUCUGUGCACCCAUUUCUGCAAUUCUCGUUGCAUGGUGCUUUCAUGAUCCUAGAUGGAAUUACUUUGCCUGCUCUAUUUUCAUGUUUAUUUCCUACAUUAAGUUCUUUUUUAGCCUUAUUGUCUUUCCACUCCUGUUGAUUUCUUACACACUUUCUUUCUUUCGUGUUUGUCAUUGCUAUUUUUCUUUUAGUUUAGGUUUAUUACUACUAUAUUGUUUUUCACCUUCUGAUUCAGCAUUAUCAUCAGUAGGAACAUAAUGUAGAUCCUUAUCAGAACAGUUGGAAUUUUCGAUAUCAUGAUAGUUGAAAAGACAUUGCUUCUAUACAUAAUUAAUAAUUUUAUUCUACACCUCAGUUAUCACGAUAGAAUCACUUUCUAUCUUUCCUGUUGGUUCCACAGGUAUUGGUGAAGACAGCUCUGUAACAUUUAGAAACAAUAGUUAAAACUGUAUGACUCCUGAACUAUAUUUUAUGAUGUUUCUGAUAGUAAUAAGAAUUCAGAUAUAAACAAUACCUACUAGGUAUUAAUAGCUUUUAUGAUGGCAAAAGGAAAUUUGAAGUGUUACCAAAAUAAUAAUGUUAUUGCUUUUGUAUCUAUACUUACCAGGGUCAGUUUGUUAACUAAUUUUCUUAGAUAACUCCAAUAUAUGUUUAAUUCUAUUCAUAUUUUAAAUUUGAAACACUGUUCACACAAAGCUCAAGCAAAUAUUUAUGUAUGUGCAUAACCUCAAAAAGUUAUUCACGAAAAUGCAAACAAGUCAAUAGUAACUCAAAGGAGCCACAGUACUAUCUAGACAUUUUGCAAAGAAAACUGUAGUAACUCAAUAUACGACCAAUAUUGUUUAAAAUAUGAUAAUUAUGUAGCCAAGAUUACAGUAACUCAACUUAAUGCAGUUAUCGUUGAAAAUGUGGUAAGUUAUUUGAGAUACUAUAAAACUGAAUUGUGUAUUUUAAGUUGACUAUACAGCUGCUAGAGUUACCACAAUAUAAUAUGUUACAGCUACAUAUAGAAUAUUUCAGAAGGUAGUAACUCAAAUCAUACAAACAUUGAGUUACUACAAUUUUCGUUGCAUUAGUCCAUAUUUCACUAUUUAGCUAUAUCAUAUAGUAUAGCUUCCCAUGCAUGACUAGAUAAACAAAUAUAUUUAUUUUAUUAAAUUUAACCCUGAACAUUUGUCUGAAACUAUAAUACCAACUCAAAAUAUAAUUUUAGCUGACUUUGAACUCCCACUUCAUCAAUGAUCUUGGAUUAGAUUCUCUAGACCAUGUCGAAGUCAUUAUGGCCAUGGAAGAUGAAUUCGGCUUUGAAAUCCCAGAUGCUGAUGCAGAAAAAUUACUGAGACCUGCAGAUAUUGUGCGGUACGUUGGAGACAAAGAGGAUAUAUAUGAAUAAGUAAUGAAAUAUGUAAAAUAUAAAGUAAAUUACUGUACUCCUGUCAUAUAGUGUUAUAAUUAAGUUUAUUAAAUAAAAUAUUAAAUUAU